UUUCAUUCCGUUUGAGACGCUUAGGCUGCGUGCCCCCGUGUCUGCGCGCGCCCGUCUCUGUAGUGCCGAACUUUCAAGCACACUCAUCUCAUACAUUCGGUUUAAGCUCGGUUUCUAGUGCUCGCUUUUAGUAUCGCUGGGACACUGUUGAGUUACGUGUAAUUAUUUAAAAUCGUUCGAGGUGCUUCUUGGUGCAGCAGUUAUAGGUGCUGGCGGCAGUAUGAAGGGCAGCACGCUGGGGCUGACGCCAUUAUUUUUACUUUUACUGCAGUUUACGCUAGUUCUAAGUCGAAUUGCAUUCGAAAAACUAACAGAUGUGGACUUUCAAGGAACAGCGUACUAUACUGUACGAAACCUAUCUCUCUAUGAAUGUCAAGGAUGGUGUCGAGAAGAGCCUGAUUGCCAAGCUGCAGCGUUUAGUUUCGUGUUAAAUCCUUUGACACCAGUUCAAGAAACACGAUGCUUAUUGCAAAACGACACGCAAGCAAACAAUCCCAUGGCUACUCCACAGCGUUCUGUAAACACUUACUACAUGGUAAAGUUGCAAGUGAGGACAGAAAGUGUUUGCCUCCGGCCGUGGGCGUUCGAGCGGGUGCCGGGCAAGGCCCUCCGAGGAUUAGACAAUACUAUAAUAUACACCUCCACCAAAGAAGCCUGCCUUGCUGCCUGCCUCAAUGAGAAAAAGUUCCCUUGUCGAUCUGCGGAGUACGAGUAUGGAAGUAUGAGAUGUGCUUUGAGUGAUUCCGACCGACGCACGGCGCAACAUUUUGUCCAACUUGUGGAUACUCCUGGCACUGACUAUUUUGAGAAUUUGUGCCUGAAGGCGUCGCAAGCGUGCAAAGGGCCAAGAGUAUUUACUGCGCCUCGUGUGGGGGUAGCCGAAGAUAAAGUGGCGCAAUACGCUGGUCUACAUUAUUAUACCGAUAAGGAACUUCAGGUUACGUCAGAAUCGGCCUGUCGAUUGGCUUGUGAAAUAGAAUCAGAGUUCCUAUGUAGAUCAUUCCUUUACUUGGGGGCGCCCCACUCAUCAACGUACAAUUGUCGGCUGUAUCAUUUGGAUCAUCACACCUUACCCGAUGGACCUUCUGCGUACCUCAACGCUGAGAGACCUCUCAUCGAUGACGGUGAACCUAUCGGCAAAUAUUUUGAAAACUUCUGCGAGAAACCACCUGCGAACGCAAAUCCGAGCGGAGAGUUGCCUGUAACUAUUGAACAUCAGCAAGAUGUUAAUUUAGCCAACAACCUUUCGAGAAACGAUGCUAAUUGCGACAAAACUGGAACAUGCUAUGAUGUAUCGGUACAUUGUAAGGAUACAAGAAUUGCAGUACAAGUUCGCACAAACAAGCCUUUCAAUGGAAGAAUAUACGCUUUAGGAAGAUCCGAGACCUGCAACAUUGAUGUUGUUAAUAGCGAUCUAUUCAGACUCGACCUUACGAUGGCUGGCCAAGAUUGUAACACACAAAGUGUCACUGGUGUUUACUCCAACACUGUCGUUCUUCAACACCACAGCGUAGUUAUGACCAAAGCAGAUAAAAUCUACAAGGUGAAGUGCACGUAUGACAUGAGUUCAAAGAACAUCACAUUCGGAAUGGUGCCUAUUAGAGAUCCGGAAAUGAUAUCAAUCACGGCUGCUCCGGAGGCGCCUCCGCCGCGCAUCCGUAUCUUGGACAGCCGCCAGCGAGAGGUGGAAACUGUUCGUAUCGGAGACCGACUUACCUUCCGUAUUGAGAUUCCAGAAGAUACUCCUUACGGCAUAUUUGCACGCAGCUGCGUGGCUAUGGCUAAGGAUUCCAAGAGUACAUUCCAGAUUAUUGAUGACGAAGGUUGUCCAGUAGACCCGUCAAUCUUCCCAGCAUUCACUCCAGAUGGCAACGCUCUUCAAUCUGUUUAUGAAGCAUUUAGAUUCACCGAAUCUUAUGGUGUUAUAUUCCAGUGCAAUGUGAAGUAUUGUCUUGGACCCUGCGAACCAGCUGUAUGCGAAUGGGGCAGAGAAUCGAUUGAGUCAUGGGGCAGAAAGAGGCGUUCUUUGCCUCACAAUGAGACCGGUGAAGCAGCUGCUCAAGAGGAAGACAUGAACAUAUCUCAAGAAAUUUUAGUGCUUGAUUUUGGUGAUGAUAGACAGAGUACAGAUUUCCUACGUUCCGACAAGCCAGGUGGCACUGCAUCUGAAGCUAAUUUCGGAGGUAAAAAAAACAGUCACAAUUGUUGAGCCAUGUCCCAGCAAAGGAUCUGUCUUACUUCUGGGAGUUGCAUGUGCCCUGCUAGUUCUCCUAUACAUUGCUACAAUUUUCUGCUAUUACAUGCGCAAAUGGCUCGCGCCACCUAAACAUUUGUAGGUAAAUAAGUUGCAAACUGAAAUAUCACAAUUAAGCCUAGGAUAUUUUAUGGACCACGCAAAUCUACGAUCUUGUGAUAAAAUGACUGAUAACUGAAAAAUAUGUCAUGUAAUCCAUCCAUAAAUUUAUAACUGAAGUAGUUUUAAGGAAUAAUAAUAUCGUGGUGUACCUACAUGAAUGUCGUGGAACUUGUAACCACCGCGUAUUGCGUUUACUAAACAUUAUCUGAUGCAUUUAUAAGCAUUUAAUAUUUUUAGAUUUAUGAAUAGCCGUAGG